AUGAUUAGAAGGUUAGUUGAAAUAGAACAACAAUUCCAAUCUAACAACACCACUUAUAAAGCUCCAACUACAACACAAAAAGAACUCUAUAUAGACAAAAAGAUGGAGUGUUACAAAUGUAAAGUUAUAUUUGAAGAGGGACUUGAUUCUGAUUUUGAAUGUGUUUAA